CGACGAUGACGGGAAGAUCCGAUCCAAAACCGAAAGAUUGGAGUUUUCUCGUUGUCGGAACCCUAGCUCCGUCCUUCACAUCGAAAACUUAAAUACGAAGUAACAACCGCCAAGAUUUAAUUCAUUACCUUCUUCUCCUUCCCAGAAAUUUCAGUGUCUGAUUCAGGGUUCUAUUUCUUUUCUUCUUGGAUCUUUUAUUGAGCCAAUCUUCUAAAUCAGACAUUGUAAUCUUCUGUAAGGGAAAAUUCAAAUUUGUAUUGUUCUUGUUAUUUGUAAAUGGGAUAGAGGGGAAAUUCAAAUUUGUAUUGUUCUUGCUAUUUGCAAAUGGGAUAGAGGGAAAAUUCAAAUUUGUAUUGUUCUUGCUAUUUGCAAAUGGGAUGGAGGGAAAAUUCAAAUUUGUAGAGAUUCUUAUCAUUUUUUUUUUCUUUUGUACAGAUUGCAUAGGUUUUGCAGCAAUUGUACAACGAUCUUUCUUGAUAGGUCUUCUUUAAUCUUGAAACUGUUCUAGGAUUUUCUCUACUUGCUUUUAUUUUACUGUGAUUAUCUUCCAAGGUCGGUUACGAUGCAAUCCAAUCGCUCUGUUGCUCCAGCGAUUGAUUUGAUACCAAACCUUAAACCUCCUCACCAAACUUUAAAAUUUCACAGAAUCUUAGUUCUGUUAAUCACUUUCGUUGCAUAUGCGUCCUUCCACGCCUCAAGAAAACCUCCGAGCAUUGUCAAGAGUGUGCUUGGACCAACAAUCCCAGCAAACUCAUCAACCGUUUUGCCGAAUACGACUUUAAUUGAAUCUGAUUCGACCUCCAAUGGAACUGGGUGGGCUCCUUUUAAUGGCCCUGAUGGCACCCAGUUGCUCGGAAAGCUUGAUCUUGCAUUUCUUUCUGCAUAUUCUAUUGGAAUGUAUUUUGCAGGACAUUUUGGUGACCGUAUUGACUUGAGGUUGUUCCUUGUUUUUGGGAUGAUGGGUAGUGGUAUUUUUACGAUACUAUUCGGGCUAGGAUAUUGGUUAGAUCUUCAUUUCUUGUGGUUUUUCAUUAGUGUUCAGAUUGUGUGUGGUCUAGUUCAGUCAAUUGGAUGGCCAUGUGUGGUGGCAAUAGUAGGAAAUUGGUUUGGGAGAGCUAGGAGGGGGCUGAUAAUGGGGAUCUGGAAUUCACAUACUUCGGUUGGAAACAUUGUCGGGUCGAUUAUAGCUUCCUGGUUCUUGGAUUGUGGAUGGGGUUGGUCGUUUGUUGUACCUGGCGCCAUAGUGAUUUUCGUUGGCAUUUUGGUGUUUUCGUUUCUGGUUGUAAAUCCAAGAGACAUUGGCUUUGGAAACUCUGUUAGUGAGACUGAAUUGAACGCUGAGGCGAGUCCAGUUGAAAAUAUGGAGAUUGGAGAUUCUGAGGUGUCUCUGCUGCUUGAUGAUAACCUUUCGGAUUCUAUGGCUGCAAUUGGUUUCCUAAAGGCAUGGACGUUACCGGGUGUUGCACCAUUUGCCGUUUGUCUUUUCUUUUCGAAGCUGGUCGUUUACACCUUUCUCUACUGGUUGCCAUUUUACAUCAGGCACACAGCUGUUGCUGGUGUGCAUUUAUCUCAUAAAACAGCCGGCUUCCUCUCAACGCUUUUCGACAUUGGAGGUGUUUGUGGUGGAAUAUUAGCAGGAUUUAUCUCUGAUUUGAUUGAUGCCCGUGCAGUUACUUCAGUAAUGUUCCUACUGCUUUCAGUUCCUGCUCUACUUCUUUACCGUGCUUAUGGGAGCAUUUCCACUGUCACCAACACCUGUUUGAUGUUUCUUUCCGGAUUACUUGUCAAUGGCCCAUACUCGCUUAUUACAACAGAGGUUGCUGCUGAUCUCGGUACUCAGAGUUCUAUUGGAAGGAAUUCCCGCGCUUUAGCAACCGUAACCGCAAUCAUAGAUGGGACUGGAUCUGUUGGGGCAGCUCUUGGCCCUCUAAUGGCAGGGUAUUUUUCCAGUUUUGGAUGGAACAGUGUCUUUUUUGUGCUGGUUCUUUCCAUCUGCUUUGCGGGUCUCUGCUUGGUUCGCUUAGCAUACACUGAAAUCAAAGAAAAGUUCAGCGAAGGACGAUGGUUUUCUAGUACGCAGACCUCACCAACAGUUGUUUAAGAGGUCUUAAGAAAUUUUGAAAUUUGUUCACAGUUAGAGUAGUAGAUUUCUGAUAGAAAAAACACACUUGAGUUAGAGUAGUAGAUUUCUGAUAGAAAACAUACAUUUGAGUUAGAGUAGUAGAUUUCUGAUGGAAAACAUACAUUUGAGUUAGAGUAGUAGAUUUCUGAUAGAAAAAAUACAUUUGAGGAAUUUUUCGACCAUAUUUGUACAUCUCUUUAUCCUAUUCUUUUGUAUUCCUUAGAAAGAUUCAUGUACCAUACACAAUAAUUGAGCGUAGAAUACAAAAAAUAAUCAGAAUCUUUUGAUG